AUGUUGGAGAAGAGACGUCACACAUUAAUGAGUAUUCCCGAAAAGAACGAAAGUGACGGAGAUGCUGUAUACAAAUGGGUCCCUAAGAAGAAACACGAAGUCUUAAAGGCAAAAUAUAAAUGCUUGAAGAAGCUCUUUCAGAUUUAUGAUGCUAGUGUUAUAGGUAUCCUUCCUGACCCUUACGCAGUGCCUGAAAAUAUAGUGCGUGACGAAAGAAAGCAUUCGAGAAGGAGGCGCUCGCGUAGGACAAAAACUGACGCAUCUGCGGGAACCAACGAAGUUUCUAGUGGUGAUGUCCCUCCACCUUCUAUUAAUGAGAAACGCUCAAUAGCUACUGCGGUGAUUCGGGACUUGAAACUUCAGUAUACGACAUCAGUUACGGAAACGAACACCAAAUCCGUUACCAAGCUACAUGAUAAAUUUACUCAGGAAUCGAAAGAAAAUUUUUCUAUGACAACUAGCGAAAAGGAGUGUGAAUGCACACAAACCGCAGAUCUUCCGAAAAUGCCUUAUUUGAUGGCAAAACAAAGGCAACCAAAACCUACUCGUUUCCAAAUGUUCCUCCAACGUAUUCUUGGUAUAAGACGCGAGACGCCCAAUUACGUUCCGGUCACCCAGUCACAUGUCUAUGCGGCCAGCGACAAUAACAUUCAGAAUCGGUACGAAAAGCGACGAAGACAUGGCCUCCGGUUCCGACGGGUUCGGAGUGGAAAGAAAGUUCGCUCAGAGACCACGCUCAAGAAUGGACAAAGUCCGAUGAUUCUAACGUACGUACAAUCCGUACAGAGAAAUUGUUUAAUGGAUACCACGCCUCGACAAUGUCCCUUUGUCGGGUGCAGAAUGAUUUUUUAUGGAAUUAUUAACUACAACGACCAUUUGAACCUAUGCCACUUCACUGACCGUAAAUUCAUUUGCCAUUAUUGCCACGAAGGCUUUUUGAGCAAGGACGAUAAAUUGUUGCACGAAAAUGAGCAUAUUGGCAUACCAAAACUAAAGACAGAAUUAACAUUGACUCCGUCAACUGACCGGCAAUCGUCCAAGGUGGCCAGCCUUACCCAAACUGACCCCGAACCUAAGCUUGACGUCAGUGAAGAUAAACUAAAGAAGAUUGUGUCUUUUUUUGAUAAAAUUGACGACCCCUUGGAAAUAAUAUCCGAAAUCAAUAAGAGUCGACAUUCUGCUUCCAACUUGAACAUAACACGUCAGUCUUCUAAAACUAAUACAACAAUUUCCGAGGUCAGAAAAGAAAAAGGAAACUCCAGCUGCAUGCACUUACAAACAGCUGAGAGAAAGUCUAUUUCAUAUGCUGAUUUCGAUGUGCAGUCCAAUCAUUCGCAGACAUCGUCGUUCAAAUGUGAAAUAUGUGGAGAGAAUUUUGAUCGCAGGCAUCGUUUGAAUCUCCACGUGGAUGUAGAACAUCGGGGCCGCAAUAAAAACUCAAAAUUUCAAGGCCGCGAUCAAGAUGAGAUCUCAGAAGACGACGACCUUCGCAGUCAGUGUAGCAGCAACAGCAAUGACCACAGCUUUGCGACUGUUCAUACAGUCAACACGUCGUCCACCCUCAGCCAGUCUACAUCCGGUGAUAAGUCAGCUGGAAGCGAGAGUUGUGAUCCCACAACAAACAUUGUUUACUAUUCUUCAUUAGAGGCAUUUAAAAAGCCAUCGGCGAUGGACAGUUUGGUCAAAAGAGUACGAACAGGUUUCAGAAGUUACAAAUGGGAGCCGGGAAGCAGGGCCGUACACAGCUAA